UGACUACUCAUUCCUCUCACAAUACUCUAUCUCGUAUCAGUUACACAGAGAGAGCUCAAAAAUGGUGCUUCUGGAUCAUCUCUGGGACGAUGUGGUGGCCGGACCUCAGCCGGAGCGUGGCCUCAAACAUCUCAAGAAGGUUUAUGCGAAGCCGUUGAACAUCAAAGAUGUAGGAGGAGGAGAAGGUAGUAGCCGUUACCAGAGGUCUCUAUCGAUGCCGGCGAGUCCUGUAACACCUGGAACGCCGACUACUCCGUCGCCUACCGCUUUGAAGAAGGAGAACGUGUGGAGGAGCGUUUUUCAUCCAGGAAGCAACCUCGCUACCAAGAGUAUUGGCGCCGAUUACUUCGAUAGACCACAGCCGAAUUCCCCCACUGUUUACGACUGGCUUUACAGCGGAGAUACACGGAGCAAACACCAGUGAAGCAGCUGGCGGUUAUCAGCGGAGGCGGUUUGCUUGUACAUAGUGCCGUGUUUGUGGCGAAGAUCCUGCUUCGUGUUUGUUUAAAUCCUUAGUAUUAUGCUUUAUGGAAGCUAAGUAAUUAAGUAUAUGACUAUGACAGACUGAGUGAUGUGUGCUGUUGAGUUUGUGUAAAUGAGUGCGAUGCAGACGCAGGAGGGAGAUUUGGGGUUGAUGAUGUUCAAUCCUCUGCUUGCUUUUCAAACAUGUGAUCGUGGAAUGAAAUAAGCUGGAUCUUGUUCUC